CAACCUUUCGCGGAUUUUUUUUCUCCUGCUAAUGAAAAAUUCGAUCCGUUAAAAGCUAAAUCCUUUAACGAGUUCCGAUUAGCAGAUCUAAGUCCUUAAAUCUUUGUACCCGAUUCUCAUUUUGGAUAUUGAACCUAUUGCAAUAAUUGGAGAGGUCGAUCAAAGCUUUGGACUUUGUUAGGGUUCAUCCUCAAGGGUUUUAUGAGCUCUUAAAAAAGCUAUGGGAAUGGCGUCUAUGAACUCUACUGGUGAAAGCAGUCUUCGAAUUUGCGUGUUUGACUUGAGGAGAGGCCAAAACGAAGGACAGGAGCUUGACAAGAUCUUGUUCUUUUAUCCUCCUGAUGUAUCCUUCUCCACUCAGCUCUCUGUUAUCGGCCUCAGCGAAGGGCUUAUCACCUUUACAAGACUUUUCUCCCCAGAGGCAGCUUGUGAGGUAAUAGAAGCAGAGAGACAUUCUCAUGUUUUCCAUGAAGCAGAGCCUGAUAUAUGGAUGGUCAUGGUUGUAGAGAAAAAUAAGGAGAUUGAAGCAAUAUGGAGAGUUGGUGCAUUGCAGAAGGUUCUAAAGGAAGUUCAUUCACUCUUUGUUAUGUUUCACGGAUCAGUUAGGUCUUUGCUUGAUAAAGAACCAUCUGGAGGGCUUAUACGAUCUCACUUGUAUCCUUUCAUCACAGACUAUUUAAAUGAUCUUUCUGUUGGGAAGAAACUUCAGUUACCUUCCUUUCGUGAAACUUUGAAAGAGCGUGGUACAGUUCAGAUGCUAACUUUAGCAAGAGAUGCGGCACUUGAAGUUCAGUCUCUUGUCGGAGUGCUAGAUUCUUGUGCUGGGACUGUUCGAUGCCAUUCUGUGAUUCUAUUUCAUGACCUACUUGUGUCAACCACUCUCUCACCUGAUGAUACGGUCGACUUGUUUACAUUUUCAGUCAUGAGAUUGACCUCAAACGCGUUAUCUUCUGGCACGAGUUCAUGGUCAUAUCUACGCAAGGGAUCUAGUUUAUCACAAACCUCUUCAAGAUCUACCUCAGCGCAACUUCUUGGUUCAAGUGUACCAUUGCCUUCACGAAAUGGUAACGACGCAGGUCGUGUUAUUAGGCCAUUACAGCACAAUAAGUGGUCAAAAGGGAAAGACGGGUUUCUUAUAACCGAUAUCUGGGGUAAAGAUGUCACACCAACGAUCUGGCUACAGCUGACACAAGAAAGAGUUCACCUUGUAGUCUAUCAACACAAAUGUCUCACCUUGGUUCUUCUGGUGCCUACCGAGGCCAUUGUUAAUGGAGAGCUAGACAUCUCAUUCGUGAAGCAUCAAGUUAUUGAAAACGCAUCUGCUAAAAUCUUGAAGGUGGAAGAGAAGCUAUCAAAAGGAUGGGGCGGUGAGAACGCUUAUCAUGUAAGCGGUUACCGUUACUUGCUAGUUGAUAAUGACAUGGAAGUUUCCAGAGCUUCUCCAUCAGGAAAAGUAGCAACUCUAGCAAAGGAGACGUUACUUGCAGUAAACAAGCUAAGGGAAACAGUGGAUACAGAAAAGAGCCGCACGAAGCAAGAGAAAGACAUGGAGAUAUGCAUAAGAGCAAAGAACAACGCAUGGGCUAUCGCUCGUAUAACCAGAGGUAAAGAGCUAUACAUGGCUUUAGAGAAAGCAAGUGACACUCUUCUUGAUGCUACAGACUCUGUUCAAAGUUUCAGCAACAGGUACUGCAACGGAACAUUCUCAAUGGAUUAAAACUCUGUAAUCUUUUUGAAGCAUAUUGAGAUGAUUUCAUUAAGCUUAACGUUGAGAUUUACAUAAUGAAGGAGAAAAUACUUUUAUUUACAUUUUUUAAGUACCAUUCGCGAGACAGUUUGUAUUUACAUCGUUAGUUACAUCCGUCUCUAUGUUGUUAUUUAUAUGCACUCGAAUCAUUACUUCUUUAAGCGUAGGGAUUGAUGUGAGAGGAGUAGUCUCUGGUUCCUGCACCUUCCCAUCCCAUCCAUUCUUCCCACGUGUCACAAUCUGGAUCAUUCAUUCCGUUGAAUCCCUCUUCAUACACAUCGAAUGGCUCAAAUUCCUCCGUUCCCUCCAUCUGAUUCUUUAUUUGCUUCAACACAAUCUUCAAAACACAAAAGAAGAUUAAUACCAUGACUUGACUUUUAACAGCAUGUUUUUCAUAAAGACACAACACUUACAUCGUACGCUUCGUUGAUUGUCUGAAACUGCACUCCGCAGUUGCUUCCUCUACAAACAUCAGGAUGAUACUACAACACAACAACAAAAGAUGUCAACUUUUAAGAAACCCAGAUACCAAAAUCCAUGAAAAAUCGAAUCUUUUUAGAACAAAGUCGAAACCUUUUUGGCGAGUUGUCUGAAAGCUUGCUUGACCUCGUAUUCUGACGAAUCGGGUCUGAUCUUAAGUGUCUUAUACGGAUCCAUCACAGAAGAUGAAGAACAGACGAUUCCUGCUCUGUUAAGCAUCUUCGUGUUCUUUCUUCUGCUGUUCUUUAACCGAAACGAUGAAGAAGAUGAUGAAAACGAAGAUCCGGAUAGACCCGAGAACCCGUUUCCUCCGAUUGUUAAAGCAAUAGUCAUUUUUUUUUCGAAUUUCCAACACAGAAAAACGUAUAGAAAAACAGAUUCUUUUUUUUUUCUGGUGAUUAAAGUAAAAUAGAGAGGUACAAUAAUUUGAUUUGUUGAUUGGGUAAGGAGGGAGAGAGUGAGAGGCGGGAUCAUAUAUUU